AAAGAAUAACAAGUUUGUCUUUCCUUACUUACUCUAUCUCACUGUGUAUUUGAUUCUCUCUGCCUCUCUCCCUCAAUCCACCGCCGCGGUCUCGUACUCCCUCACUCUCUCUUUGUAACGCUGCGAUUCUCUCCCUCUCCAUCAACCAUAAAACACAAAGCCACCACAGUCGUAAACUCAAUUUCUCUGUUCAAGGGAGAUCAGUGAUGAUGCAGCAAUUGUUAAGAAGUUUGUAGGAACACGAUGAAUGACUCAUUUUAAUCCUUCGUUCUUCAAUCUUCUUCUCACAACAACUUCCUAACAUGCAGAGAUUCUCACUUUUCUUCCACAAACACCGCAUUUUCAACCUCCCAUUAAGAAAAUCACUUCAAAUUAGACACGAAAUUACUACAUUACCCCGCAUGUUCUUCACCACAACCUCUUCACACUCAUCACCACCACCAAACCCUACAAAACCCUCAAAAUCCCAAAAUGACCAAUUUGGCCUCAUUCACCUUCGAUCUAACACAAUCCAUUUCAACGAUCAAAACAACGAUGAAUUUGCUUCAGAUGUAGAAAAAAUAUAUAGAAUUUUAAGAAAAUACCAUUCUAGGGUUCCAAAAUUGGAACUUGCUUUAAAAGAAUCUGGUGUUGUUGUUAGAUCUGGUUUAACAGAACGUGUUUUGAAUCGUUGUGGCGAUGCCGGAAAUUUAGCUUACAGGUUUUUUUCUUGGGCUUCUAAGCAAACUAGUUAUAGGCAUAGUCAAGAAGUUUAUAAGGCUAUGAUUAAGGUUUUGAGUAAAAUGAGACAAUUUGGUGCUGUUUGGGGGUUAAUUGAUGAAAUGAGAGUGGAAAAUUCGGAGUUGAUUUCGCCACAAGUUUUUGUUAUUUUGAUGAGGAGAUUUGCUUCAGCUAGGAUGGUUAGUAAAGCUAUUGAGGUUUUAGAUGAAAUGCCUAAGUAUGGUUGUGAGGUUGAUGAAUACGUUUUUGGGUGUCUUUUGGAUGCUUUGUGUAAGAAUGGUAGUGUUAAGGAAGCAGCGUCGCUUUUUGAGGAUAUGAGGUAUAAGUUUACACCGACAGUUAAGCAUUUUACGUCGUUGUUGUAUGGUUGGUGUAAGGAAGGGAAACUUGUGGAGGCAAAACAUGUGUUGGUUCAAAUGAAGGAUGCGGGGAUUGAGCCGGAUAUUGUGGUUUUCAAUAAUUUGCUUGGUGGGUAUGCUCAAGCUGGGAAAAUGGGGGAUGCUUAUGAUCUUUUGAAAGAGAUGAGAAGGAAGGGGUGUGAACCGAAUGCAGCGUCGUAUACUGUUUUGAUUCAAUCAUUGUGUAAGCAUGAAAAGUUGGAAGAGGCAAUGCGGAUGUUUGUUGAGAUGCAGAGGAGUGGUUGUCAGAUGGAUGUUAUAACGUAUACUACAUUGAUAAGUGGGUUUUGUAAGUGGGGGAAAAUCAAAAGGGGUUAUGAGCUUUUGGAUCAGAUGAAACAGGAAGGACAUUCCCCAAAUCAGCUUACUUAUAUGCAUAUCAUGGUGGCUCAUGAAAAGAAGGAAGAAUUGGAGGAGUGUAUGGAACUUGUGAAUGAGAUGCAGAAGAUUGGUUGUGUUCCGGAUCUUAACAUCUAUAAUAUUGUCAUUAGGUUGGCUUGCAAGUUGGGAGAGGUCAAGCAAGGGGUUCGGCUUUGGAAUGAAAUGGAAGCGAGUGGGCUCAAUCCAGGUAUCGACACCUUUGUCAUCAUGAUUAAUGGGUUUCUUGAGCAGGAGUGUCUAGUUGAAGCUUGCGAGUUUUUCAAAGAAAUGGUUGGGAGAGGGCUUUUUGCUGCUCCUCAAUACGGUACUUUAAAGGAAUUGAUGAAUUCUCUUUUAAGAGCUGAGAAACUUGAAAUGGCUAAAGAUACUUGGAGUUGUAUCACGAGUUCUAAAGGUUGUGAGAUGAAUGUGGGUGCAUGGACAAUCUGGAUUCAUGCAUUGUUUUCAAAAGGACAUGUGAAGGAGGCUUGUUCGUUUUGCAUAGACAUGAUGGACAACGAUUUAAUGCCACAGCCAGAUACUUUUGCAAAGCUUAUGCGUGGUCUGAAGAAAUUAUACAACAGAGAAUUUGCAGUAGAAAUCACGGACAAGGUAAGGAAAAUGGCUGCUGAUAGAAAUAUCACUUUCAAGAUGUAUAAACGGAGAGGAGAGAGGGAUUUGAAAGAAAAGGUGAAGGAGAAAAAAGACGGGAGGAAGAGGAGGGCUAGACAGCGCCGUUGGGGUGGGGGCAAUCAAAAAGAAUUAUAAUUUUCAGCUUUGAAGCUUUAAAAACGUAUAGUUUUCCUGGGGAAUCUGAUUUCUACUCAGAAGUUGGUCAUGCAACUCAAUUUAAUGGAAAUUAAGUAAUGUAAUUGGUUUUGACUCAAGGAGUGAUGAGCAUAUUUAGAUGGGCAUGACACUAGAGUAGUUGCUUCUUUCUUUGAGCAGUUUUGACUUUUGAGUAAGUUUUAGCCCCAGUUAUCAAAAUGACCCCAGAGGUGUUACUGAGACAGUUUUAAGCAAUUACUUUAGAAUACAGUUUUGCUUUUGGAAGUUGCGGUCAACAAAAUGGAGGUAGUACACUUCAAGAUCCAAUCACAAGAUUGCUUAUAAAGAAAUUUCCUGAUAAUUUAUGAUAGCAAUUGAAUCCACCUGAGGCUACACUAUCAUGCAGCUGUGGCUAGGUUCUUCAAGAGAAAAAGGCUGAUGUAUUGAGUUUCUUUUUCGAAGUGUAGGUUGUUGAGGUUGUGCGCGACCAAUCAUAUUAUACCGAUCUCGUGAAACAAUGUAAGAGCAUGAAAGCUUGAAUCAGUUACAAGCAGCAACUGGUUUUGAUUUUUUGCAGAGAAAUAAUAGUUAAGAAUGAUGAAGUUGGCAGCCCUAAAGCAUUUUUGUAAAUAGAUAAUCAUUAUAGUCAUCCAUAUUUUCUUAAUAACAAUUUUAUACCACCUUAAGUUAUACAUCCAGAAAUUAA